AUGUUCUUGCCUAUCUUUAUAAAUUUCUUAAACUUUGUCGGGCUUCCUUUACAAAAGCCGAAGACAAAGCUUUAUUCCGUAUAUAUUUUUUCAGUCAGUGCACUUUAUGUUACUUUAACUGGGAUUUCACUGUAUUCAACUUUAGUAAUACGUUUUCUUGCCUCAAAGACACUAAAUGCGUUUUUUUACAUUCUAAUUUAUGUUGUUAUAAAUAUAAUUGAUUUGUUGGCUACCCUGCAGAAUGGAUAUUUUAAACGCUAUAGCAUCGAUAAAUUGUUAAUCACAAUGGAGGAUCUUCUUGGGUUUGUUAAUCGGAAUGUUGGUCGUCAAACUGAAAGAAAAUUGAUCAGAAUGCAAAAAUUUGACUUCAUUUUAAUUCAGAUGACAAUGAUUCCUUGGUUGAUUUUUAUGACGUACUGGGUGGGUCACUUAGUGACUUUUAAAAAGUUCAUGGUAUUUGGUAUGGUCUACUAUAACCAUUAUCUUACGGCAAUGGAGGUAAUGAAGAUAUUUAUGAUACUUCAGCUACUUAAACACUUGAUGUGCGAACAUAAUCGCCAACUUUUUAAAACGUUGUCUACAAAACAGGUCUUGUCAGAAAAAGAGCUUCAUUCAUUUUUAAAACACUAUGACAAAUUAAUUGAUUGUGUCGGAUUAUUUAACGAAUCUUUUGGUCUACAAAUUUUGGGGACUUCAAUUGUGACUCCAUUGAUAAUGGUCCAAGGAAUAUUCUUCAGCUUAUCUCAAGUAUCCUUUCCUUCAGUUAUUCGCACUGUUGUUGUAAACGUAGCUACACUCACAAAAUUUACUCUUUUUUUGGUGUUGAGUUUUAUGAUAGCUGCACCGUCACAAAGAAUUGCAAGAGAAUUUCAAAAUACACAGAGAAUUUGUAACACUUUCAGAUCAAACACAAAGCAUAAUAAAGAAGUGCAGAGAAUGCUUCAACUUCUCAGUUUACAAUUGCAAAACAGGAAAACGUGUAUCUCUGCGGCUGGAUUUUUUGAUGCUGAUUACACCAUGAUUCUUAAUAUGUUGGUGUCAACGGUUAGUUAUGUUAUAGUGUUUUUGCAAAUUAACGCCAAGAUACCUAAUUAA